CCUCUAAGAAAUAGCUGGCAUCCUCAAGAGCGAUGGAGGAAAUCUAUGCCAACGUUGAAUAUGCCCAACCUGUCGACUCAAACCCUUUGACCAAUCAGACAGCGAUGGAGGAAAUCUACGUCAACGCUGAAUGUGAAAAAUCUCAAGUUUCCUCAAGACCUUCAAGAACUCACACAGGUCCCAGCAGCUCAGAGAUCAGAUCUCAUAGAGCUGUUGUUCUCUCUCUGGGGCUGCUGAGUGUUUUCCUGCUGGCUGGACUCGUUGGUCUCGGUGUCCACUACCAUGACUCAGUGCGUGGAUCAGCUGCAGAUCUCUCCACUAUCAAAGCCAACCUGACCGAGCGUCUCCGGGUCAUGGAUGACAAGCUGUCCUCCGUGUCCAAAGAGAGAGACCAGCUGAACGACAACCUCACUAAAGUGACCAAAGAGAUGGAAAAACUUCAGCUUUCAUCUCAACAGAAGAAAACAUGUCCUGCAGGAUGGAUACUGUUCAGUAGUUCCUGUUAUCUUCUCUCUGAAGAGUCUGCUUCCUGGGAUAAGAGCAGACAAGACUGCAGAGACAAAGGAUCAGAUCUGGUGAUCGUAGACACGCUUGAAGAACAGGAAUUCCUCACGAGCAUCAUCAGGAAAAGCACUUGGAUUGGUUUAAGUGACAGAGACAGCGAGGGCACCUGGACAUGGAUUGAUGGAACUCCACUGACUGACACUGAGGAGUACUGGGGCAGUCGACCUGAUAACGGUGGAGGAGAUCCACAGUGGGGUGAAGAGGACUGUGCUGAAAUUGUAGAUGGCAGGAAAGCAAAAAUUAACUGGAAUGAUCUGCGAUGUGAUAGCGAUCGGGAUUUUAUCUGUGAAAAACUGGCUUAGUAUUUCAAGGUUCAAGGGUUCAAGGAUCAUUUAUUGCCAUUAUGCAACACAGGGAUGCAGAACAUGAUUCAGUUGUAGCCCAUUUGUAAGACAACAAACAUAUGAGAAACAAAACAAAACAAAACCAAAAGACAGUACUGCAUUCCUGUUGUGCAGCUUUUACAUUUGCAUAAUAAGGAAUGUUAACACGAUGUUAACACCAGCAACCAAACAUUAAAAACUAAACAUACAAAAGAAAACAUUGUCCAAUCAACUUUGACUGUGUUUGAGCACCAAGCGUCUUGAUGUAAACAGAGAGUCCAUCUCCCCGUAGUCCUGCACUGUGUCCUACGGUCCGCCCGUCAAGUAUUGCAUCUGUAAACAUGUUUUUUUGAUUAUGCAAAAGGCCUUUAAUAGUGCAUGUGUAAAAUAAAGAGAGAAAGAGAGUGCACGUAAAGGGUUGGAGGUCAGGUAUCGAGAUCUCAGUAUGAUUGUUUUGCCAAAAUCAGCUGCUUUUUACCGGGAAGAUGAACCGUGGGAAGCUUGAAUCUUUCGUAUGUAUCUGUAUACAUGUGCUGAUGACUAUCGUAUGCAUAGAAACCAAGCUGCACAUUAUACUGAAUAGAUACUAUAAUGAAGCUUGACCCUGAAAUAAACU